AUGGGUUCCUCAGCUUCUACUACAACUUCAAGCAGCUCUGUCGUUGCAUCUACCACCACCGCCACCACUGCUUCGUCAUCCGUCAUCGGUACUUCUAGCUCUGCAUCUGAUGUAACUUCUUCCACUGUUUUUUCCACCACUUACGUUACCUCCACAAUAAGUCCAUCUUCUUCUCUAGUCGCGUCUUCUUCCUCUCAAGCUGCCACUUCUGAAUCUGCUUCCUCUCAAGCUGCCACUUCUGAAGCUGCUACUUCUCAAGCUACUUCCUCUCAAGCUACUUCUGAAGCCGCUUCCUCUCAAUCCACUUCUCAAGCUACUUCUGAAACCGCUUCCUCUCAGGCUGCCUCCUCUCAAGCUACUUCACAAGUUGCUUCCUCUCAAGCUGCCUCCAGCGUUCUUUCCUCUGCUGCCACAUCCUUAAACACCACUGUUGCCGCUUCUACUCAAUCUUCAAUCUCUACCUCUGCCGCUUUAAACUCCACUGUCGCUUCUUCCUCCACUCUGGCAUCUGUGACAUCCUCUGGUUACGCCUCUGCCAACGCUACCGUUUCUGGUACCACUGAAGUGGUUGAAGCUACUGAACACGUCACUUCUGCUACAACUGUCACUGUUUGUGAUGAGGUCUGUGAAUCUAAAAAGGCUGCCGCUGCUGCAACUAGCACAGUUUCUCUAACUACCAGCACUGAAACCUACGUUGUUGGCACUGAAACUUUCUUCUCUACUGUUGUAGUAACUGUUCCAUGUGACUUAACUAGUACUAGCGCUAAGGCUGCCACUGCUACCAGCGAAACUGCUGAAAACACUAAGGCUGCCACUGCUGCCAGUGAAACUGCUGAAAACACUAAGGCUGCCACUGCUGCCAGUGAAACUGCUGAAAACACUAAGGCUGCCACUGCUGCCAGUGAAACUGCUGAAACCACUAAGGCUUCCACCGCUGCUACCACCAUGGCUGUUCAAUCCAGCAAGCAAUCUUCUAGCACUGCUUCCACCGUCUCUAUUGCUCAAGAAACUCAAAAUGGUGCUAUGAAGAAUGCAAUUGGUGUUGGUGCUGGUGUUGUCGGUGCUGUCGCUUUAUUAUUAUGA